AUGCCGAAGCAGAAAGGCCAGCAGAGUCAGCCAGCCGCUGUCCAACGCCGUCCUGCACCGCCCCUUUCCGCCGAGGGCCCGCCAACUCCGGUGCUAGAUUCGGUCCCUCAGUGCAUCAUCUUCGGCGGCGAGAAUCAAGUGGGAAAGUUACCUGUUAGGUUAUUCGAUGGGCGAGAUUGGACGUGUAGGGAGGCAAUGAAGCCAUGCGACUUUCUUCCAAAGGAAAAUGUUACAUCCUGCCUUUACCUUGGGAAGAAUGUUGACCUUCCCGCUGCUUUGGUGUUUUUCGAAUACGUCCAACUUCCACAGAUUACCAACAAAGAGGGCGGGAGCGAACGCGUCUUCAAACUGACCGCGGCAAAGGCGUUUCCGGAGCGGCCAUUCGGCAUCGAAGUAGAUAUUAACGCCAUGUCCCAGCUGCAAGUAAUCGCAUGGAAUUUUCAGAUGUUGGAUCUUGCAGCUUGUGCUAAGGGCUGGAUCGAGAAAAAGUAUUACUCACCGGCAUCGCUUCCAGUGGCAUCCGGCACUUCAUCGCAAAAGCCAGCGGCUGGCGGAAAGCCCGAGCAGUCCAGCAAUGUUGAGCAGCCCGAUGAUGACGAGGAGUCCGACGAUGACGACAAAACAGUAAUUUUCUCCCCAGCAAGUUAA